UAUUUUUCCAGAUACACUCCGCACGCCAUAGAUUUGGACCAUAGAUUGAAACCAUUUAUCCCAGACUUUAUUCCUGCUGUCGGAGAUAUUGAUGCGUUCUUAAAGGUUCCACGGCCUGAUGGUAAACCUGAUAACCUUGGCCUGCUAACUCUAGAUGAACCAUCAACAAAGCAAUCUGAUUCCACUGUUAUGGCCCUCUGGUUGACUGAAGGGUCUAAGCAGCACAGUGUUUCGCAGCAGCAGAUAAAAGUAAAGAGCCUGGAGAAUGCAGAGAGGAACCACAAAGCUAUAGAUUCUUGGAUAGCAAGUAUCAGUGAAUUACAUCAUUCGAAACCACCUGCCAGUGUGCACUAUACUCGGCCGAUGCCAGAAGUUGAAACACUGAUGCAGGAGUGGCAGCCAGAAUUUGAAGAACUCCUUGGAAAGGCUAGUUUGCCAUCGGCCGAUUUGGAUUGUGACCUUGCCACCUACAUUGAUAUGAUAUGUGGUGUUGUGGAUAUCCCUGUUUACAAGAGCCGGACACAAUCUUUACAUGUCCUCUUUUCUCUCUUCUCUGAAUUUAAAAACUCCCAGCAUUUUAAAGCUUUAGUGGAGGGCAAGAAGGAAAGAAAUUCAUCUGGCAAUACUGCAACCACAAGCAAGGAUAAUGAAAGUUCCCCCUACAACUAAACAGAAGAGC